GACUGCGGACACAGUACAGGAGAUGACCAGAGACUGCGGACAGUACAGGAGAUUCAGAGACUGCGGACAUAGUACAGGAGAUGACCAGAGACUGCGGACACAGUACAGGAGAUGACCAGAGACUGCGGACACAGUACAGGAGAUGACCAGAGACUGCAGACAGUACAGGGGAUGACCAGAGAUGCGGACACAGUACAGGAGAUGACCAGAGACUGCAGACAUAGUACAGGGAUGACCAGAGACUGCGGACACAGUACAGGGAUGACCAGAGACUGCAGACAGUACAGGGGAUGACCAGAGACUGCAGACAGUGAAGGGGAUGACCAGAG